GAGAGAGAAAAACAGAAGAACUCUGGAGCGCCUUUGUUGGUCUUAACUGGUUUUAUGGAGUCAGUGGGUCUGAAAGAUGAAAAUCCCUGCAGUGGUCGCAAUUCUCCUGAUUGAAGCUCUCAUUGGAGUUGGCUGUGCGGGUGUUGAAAAGCCACGGCGGACACUGUGUAUUUCGUCACCAGAGGUGUGCAAGGCCCUCAACGUCACAGUUACCCCAGGGCCCGUGGCCACUGCCAUGGAUGGCGAAAACAUUACCCUGUCGUGUCGCGUGUCCCCACGGAGAAGCCCCGACAGUGUGCUGGUGGUGCGCUGGAUGUUCGUUGGGAAGGCUGUGGGCAGUGAAGAGCAGCUCAUUGUCAAGCUCAAUGUGCGGCGGGCCAAGUACUACGGGAACUAUACCAAACGCUUCGGCCAGCCCAAACUCCGUCUCCUGGAGGAAAGGCAGGAUCAGUCCUACAGCCUACUCAUCCUCAAUGCAUCCGAGGGGGACCGAGGCCAGUAUGUCUGCAGGGUUCAGGAGAUCAGGCACCACCAGGACCGAUGGAGGGCUGCCUCGAAUGGCACGGCCGCUACGGAACUCAGAGUGCAUGUCCGGACCGCAACGCACACACAGGAGGGUGUGUGGCAGCUCUUUGAAGACGUGUACCUGUGCGCUGUGCUGAUCUGCUCCGUCGGACUGCUCUGCAUGUGUCUAUUCACCGUGAUCAUCACCUGUCAGUACCUGCAUAAGAGACAGCGCUCCAAAGCAAGUUACUAUUUAGUGAAGUGUCCUCAAAACAGUUCAGGGGAAACGGUAACCAGUGUUGUUAGCAUGUCUCCUGCAUUGCCCAAGAAGGAGAAGAAAUACUUGAAGAAGAAGAGUGUAGGAGACAUAGAGGUACCCCCUGCAAUACCAGCCAAAGACAAGCUGCGAAGACCCAAACUAAUAAAGACCCAGCCCAGGAAAGUAGUUCUGCCAAAAAUUGCAGAAGAAAGCCUGACGUAUGCUGAGUUGGAGCUGGUCAAACCGCUUCCUGAGACAAAGUCAUCAUGCAAAGGAACAGUCUAUGCCCAGAUACUCUUUGAGGACCGGCCGCUGUAAAAUACUUCAGCCUGGGUUCAGAUCAAACUGUUUAUUUAUAAAAUGUUUAUUUGUCUUGUUUUGUA